UCAUCGCAAAGUAGAUGAAUCGCAAAAGAGUGUGAGGAGGUCACAGCAAGCACUAUGCCACCUGAAGAGCACCAGAACACCUGCCCUGCCAAAAGGGCCAUCAAAAAGAUCAGAACAGCUAGCCUAGUCAUUAGCUUGGCAAGGGGUUGGCAGCAGUGGGCAACUGAUCACCAUACGAAACAAGCCGAGGAACCCACUGGAUGGGUACCCAGUGAGGACAAGCUGCUAAACAUUCCAUCCAAAGAGAGAAUAUCCCCCAAACAGUCUACAUUCAACAAGAAAGACCAAGCAAGGGAUGAAGCAAAGGUUCCAUCGGAAGGCAAGGCACCAAAAGAAAAAGGACAGAAUCCAAGUGAAUCUGAAGAAGCCCUUCAGAAACUUCACAUUAGGAGCAAAGAAGUGACCAAAACAAUUGUAAGCAAAAUCUAUGAAAGAGGCAGCGGUAUAAAUUUUCUCAGCAACAAAUAUGAAAAAGAUGAUGAGGGCCUGGAGACAGACAAGAGUACUGAAGACCUCAGAAACAUUGACAAACUCCUUAGUGGCAAAAUGUCUCCUACAAGAAGGAGAAAAUGCUCCAACCUGGUCUCAGAGCUGACUAAGGGAUGGAAACAAAUUGAAGAUGAGGACAAAGCAUCAGAAAUGGACCUUUGUCAUUGUCGCAGUGACAGUUUGGAUACUGAAGACAGUGGCUUUGGUGGAGACACUGAGGACAGGCUUGAUCCUGAAGACAGUAGCCAAGAAAGUGUGAGUGCUAUAAGGAUAAAGCGUUCCACGUCAUCACUUGCAAGCAGAAGCCGCAAAGCCCCUAAAAAAUAUAGCCCUGUUCACAAUUUGAGGGGCAGAUGGGAAGACUGGGCAGAUGAACAUGUUUUAACUCAAAAGCUCAACCCUUUCAGUGAAGAAUUUGACUAUGAACUUGCCAUGACUACUCGCCUGCACAAAGGAGACGAAGGUUAUGGUCGUCCCAAAGAAGGUACAAAAACUGCAGAAAGGGCCAAGAGAGCAGAGGCCCACAUCUACCGAGAAAUGAAAGACUUGUGCUUCAUCAUCCGAACAAUGACAUCGCCCCGUCGUGAUGGCAAGAUACAAGUCACUUUUGGCGAGUUAUUUGAAAGAUACGUCCGUAUUUCAGAUAAGGUUGUUGGAAUACUCAUGAGAGCCAGGAAACACGGGAUGGUGAGCUUCGAGGGAGAAAUGUUGUGGCAAGGUCGGGAUGAUAAUGUGAUAAUAACUUUGUUAGAAUAACCUUCAGUCAUGGGAUCGUCUCAAGCAUAUUGAUUCAUGACAGUCCGUCACCACAGAAUCUGAAAGAUGACUCUCAGUUUACUGGAAAGAUCAACAGGGACA